CAUCCCCCAAGUUCAACACCAUGUACCAUGUACCAUGUACGUACCUACAUCUACAUAGCUUGGGAAUUCACUAUAUAUCCGGGUGAUCUUUCCCCUCUCACUUCUUUUGCUCAGAAAUUCUACUUUUUUCCGUGUCGAUUCAUUUAUUAAUUGUGUUACUACUUUCGAUUACCCCCGAAAAAGAUUGAAAGUUCAAAUUGAGCUCCUCUACUACGAUAUCAGAAACGUCAACUUGUCUCCAACAUAUAUUGAAUUAGGAACGCCAACGAACAAAGUCGUUAUGGCUACCACCGCCACCGCAGAUAAUGGAUACAAUAAAGAAUACACCAGCGAAACUUCAGGUGCUAGUAAUACUCACGACCAUGCCUUUGUCAACGGCUCUGGCAUAAACCAUUCCGCUCCCCCAAGAGGAUAUGAUUAUGGAGGAAAUCCUUUGGCGCAUAUGAAUACAGGAGAAUCAGCUAGAUUCCCAGCAUUCGGUGGAGAGUUCCAACCUGGUCUUUACAAACCUACUACGGAAAGAAAGUUCGCCAACCCUGCGCCUUUGGGUCUCAGUGCUUUCGCUCUCACUACUUUCGUCUUAUCGCUUAUCAACGUCGGAACUGCCGGUGUUACAAAACCAGAUAUUGUCAUCUCUCUUGCUUUUGGUUAUGGUGGUCUUGUUCAAUUGCUUGCGGGAAUGUGGUAUGUACUGAAUGAUACCUUGUUUGAGGGCACACCGUAUCCAAAAUCCGAAUGCUAAUAACGAUAUAGGGAAAUGGCUGUAGGAAACACUUUCGGUGCAACGGCUCUUUCAUCAUUCGGGGGAUUCUGGAUUUCACUCGCAAUCGUUCUCACGCCUGGUGGAUUUGAUAUUAUUAGCGCGUACUCGGGAGAAGGAUCCGGCGCCAACGAUUUCAAUAAUGCAUUUGGAUUCUUCCUAAUGGGUUGGUUUAUCUUCACCACCAUCCUUUUAGUUUGCACAUUACGUUCCACCGUCGCAUUUUUCCUGCUCUUCUUCUUCUUGGACUUGGCAUUCCUGAUGCUUGGAAUUGGUCAUUUGAGAGCUAGUCCUUCGGGAGUCGCACUAUCCGGUGCUAUCAAGGCUGGUGGAUAUUUUGGUUUAUUCGCUGCAUUUAUGGCGUGGUAUAAUGCUCUGGCUGGUCUUGCGGAUGAUAGGUAUGUUUUCAUUCUUUUACACAUUUUCGAAAUUCAAAGGAGAUUUAAAAACUAACUUUCCGCUUCUUUUUCUAGUAACUCGUUCUUCGUUAUUCCAGUCGCUCAUUUCCCUUGGUCGGUUAAGGGCCGCGAACGUCGUCUUAAGACUGAUCGGGAGACGGUUUAAAGUUUUGAGGUGUUUUGAUUCUUUUUCUUACAUACAUUCAUACAUUCAUACAUACUAUUUAAAACAUUAAAUAAUAAAUAUCUUUACGAUAUGUUUCGGUGAUAGGAAAGGGGGUAUUUGAGUUCAUGAUUUUUUUUGCAUGAUAGCCUGGUUACUAGGUUACCGGUUUAUUGGGUUGGAGGGAGGCUCUUUGUUCAUGGGGAUUGAAUGGGAUUGGCUAUGAUUGGCUGGCUACGAUUGGAUUGGAUGGAAAUAGGGAGAAUAGCCCGGAUUUUCUGGAUGUGCUAACGAUUUUCGAUACCAUUGUGGAUGGGAUGGGAUAGUUGAGUGUGUAUGUGUGAAUGAUGGAUUUGGAGGGACCAUGGAAGAGGGAAGGAUGGGAGGAGGGAAAGAGAGAAAUCAAUAAUUUGGAAUUCAUCGUUUUGA